GACAGGUAAAGGCCUUCAGGUGGUACAAGCAACUUGGGUCGUGCUGCGAGCUUGAAGCAGAGGGGCAAGCCCGUGAACUUGAACAUGACCUGUUGCACUUGGCGAGUCCCAGCAUCAUGCUCCUGAGGAAGCAGCACAGGACCCGCCGACUACAAUUCCUCCUGCUCUUCCUGGUGUUGGGCUGUGUGUUGGUGAUGGUGGUGAUGCGGCACCCUGCCCCACACACCUCCCAUCAAACUGGUACUGCCAAGGCCGGCCAGCAUAGCCAUGCUGCAGCCAGAGACCACCUGGACUUUGGGGACUCCCAGGAGUGGGUGCUGGAAGCUGAGGCACAGGGGGAGGAGUACAGCCCCCUAGAGAGCCUGCCAGCGUACAUCUCCCUGCGGGAGGAUGAGCUGCUGGUAGCCGUGGCCUCGCCCAGGGCCAGAAGGGACCGGAGCUGGGGCAGAAGAAGUGGCAGCUACCGGCUCAUCAAGCAGUCUCGCAGGAGGCAAGACGAGGAUGCCCCAGAGAGAGACUGGGCAGCCGAGGAGGAGGACGGGGAGCUGUCUGAAGCAGAGGCACCAACCCCACUUGGCCUGGACUUCAAUGUGCACCUGCAGGUGCAGAGGCCCCUACCUGAGGUGCGACACCCACUGUGUCUGCAGCAGCACCCAGGGGACAGCCUGCCCUCGGCCAGCAUCAUCCUCUGCUUCCACGACGAGGACUGGGCCACCCUCCUGAGGACUGUGCACAGCAUCCUGGGCACGGCGCCCCGGGCCCUCCUGAAGGAGAUCAUUCUGGUGGAUGACCUUAGCCAGCAAGGACAGCUCAAGUCUGCCCUCAGUGAAAACGUGGCCAGGCUGGAGGGCGUGAAACUGCUCAGGAGCAACAAGAGGCUGGGCCCUGCUGGGGCCCGAAUGCUGGGGGCUGCUAGGGCCACGGGAGAUGUGUUGGUCUUCAUGGACGCCCACUGCGAGUGCCACCCCGGCUGGCUGGAGCCCCUCCUCAGCAGAAUAGCCGCUGACAGGAGCCGUGUGGUGUCUCCUGUUAUAGAUUCAGUUGACUGGAAGACUCUCCAGUAUCAGCCCUCCAAGGAGCUGCAGCGUGGGGUGUUGGACUGGAAGCUGGAUUUCCACUGGGAACCUUUGCCAGAGCACGAGAAGAAAACCCUCCAGUCCCCCAUCAGCCCUAUCAGGAGCCCUGUGGUACCCAGAGAGGUGGUAGCCGUGGACAGACACUACUUCCAAAACACAGGCGUAUAUGAGACUGUCAUGUCACCUUGGGAUGGUGAAAACCUCGAACUGUCUUUCAAGGCCUGGCUCUGUGGUGGCUCGGUUGAGAUCCUUCCCUGCUCCCGCGUGGGCCAUGUCUACCAAGACUGGGAGGCCCACUCCCUGGUCGACCAGGAGGCCAUGCUGCGAAGCAAGAUCUGCCUUGCUGAGACUUGGCUGGGGUCGUUCAAAGAGACCUUCUACAGGCACAGUCCGGAGGCCUCCUCCCUGAGCCAGGCUGAGAAACUCCUCUGCCCAGAGCGCUUACAGCUGCAAAGGAGACUGGGCUGUCGGACAUUCCACUGGUUCCUGGCCAAUGUCUAUCCGGAGCUGUAUCCGUCGGGACCCAGGCCCAGGUUCUCUGGAAAGCUCCACAACACUGGCCUCGGCUUCUGUGCAGACUGCCUGGCAGAGGGUGACAUUAUGGGCUGUCCCAUGGUGCUGGCGCCUUGCAGUGACAGCCGGCAGCAGCACUGGGAGCACACGGGCAGAAAGGAGAUCCACCUGCACAGUCCGCGGCACCUGUGCCUGGAUGUCAGGCGAGAGCAGGUGAUCCUGCAGAACUGCACCGGGGAAGGCCCUGCCGUCCAUCAGCAGCACUGGGACCUGCAGGAGAAUGGGAUGAUUGUCCACGUUCUUUCUGGGAAAUGCCUGGAAGCUGUGAUGCAAGGAAACCGCAGAGACCUGCGCUUGCGCCUCUGUGAUGGCAAAGCCAGCCAGCUGUGGCGGUUUGACCAAGCCAAUGCUGUAGCUGAACGGUGA